CUUACACUGACAUAGCAGGACCCUGCACCUUUUGUCUUGGGCUCCCCCUUUGUUAGCAGCUGGUGGACAGAGCAGAGCAGCAGCCUGCAGCAACAGCAGCAUGUCUACUUUACAGUAAUGACAGCAUACUGCAACACAUCACCCUGUUUUUUUUUCUGAAUGAAGGAGAGACUUAAUUAACACUCUUAUGUAAAAUGUUUAUUGUUUUGAUUUUAUUUGAUUAAAGAUGAUAAACCUUUGGGGGAGUGAUCAUUGGUUGGAGGCAGUGUUUAAGAAAGAAAUUAUAUAUUUUAUUAUUCAUGUAUUUUGAUAUAUUUAUUUUAUAAAAUUGGGAUGUGUGUCAACUCUGUAUUAACAAAUCUACCUAUCUAUAUGUCUGUCUAUCUUGUUGUCUCUGGUUGAAGUGUGAAGCAGCAUCAUCACCACCAAAGUGAACUACAGAUAACCCCAUGACGUGGCAGACACAGUAUGGAAAGCCUAUAUAAAAUUCACAGUGCCCGCAUGUAUCUGGUGGUGGUCUGAGCCACUGAUAAGGCUUUGCAGGCUAUCUGACUUCAGUCUAGAUGAAGGAUGAGCUUCUCAGACAUAGACGUUGUCCAUCCUGCUGAUGCUCCCUCGUCUCAUCGUAAACUCUUGUGCACCCUCUGGUGCUUGCUAGUCUCCCAAACUUCUUUGUGUAGCCUGCUUUGCAGAUUGUCUUCCUUGUCUGUGUGGUUGCUCAUUAUUCAGAGACAGACGGAUCUCAGGUCAUCUGCAGCUGCAGCAAAGGAGAAGCAGGAAAGAUGGCGAUCAUCCAUUAGACCGACCGGGCGCACGCAUGAAAUACGAGGACAACUUUUGGGAGGAUCGCUUGAGGAGAAGAUUGUACCAGUUUCCCUGAUUUUCCAGGGAGUGCUCCCUCUUUUUAGUGAUGGAGGUAUUGCAGUGUGAUGGCUGUGACUUCCGUGCCGAGUCAUAUGAUGACUUGAAAACCCACAUUCAGGAAGUACACACUGUUUUCCUGCAGCCUGCAGAUGCCGACGAGUCUGACUCUCUGAAAGAUGAGGAUGAAGAUGAGGAGGAAGAGGAGGAAUAUGAGGAUAAGGAUGACAAGGAUUACACGCCUCCUAAAGCUGGAAUGAGCCCCAACUCUACUGACAAUUCCAACCAAACAUCACAAAUGCAGACAGCUGAAACCCAUCUGCCGUUUUACCAGUGCAAGUUCUGUGUCCGUUACUUCAGAUCAAAAUCAUUCUUAAGAAACCACACCAAAAAAGUGCACAAUGUUGCAGAGGAAGAUUCAGAAGCAAGUAUCUCCUCACAGACAGCAAAGCUGCCUAGCUACACUGUUAUAAUGCACAAUGAACAUUCAAAAGUGUAUUCCUGUCAGUAUUGCAAGUACAAGUCUCCACGCAAAGCAAGGAUAAUGAAACACCAACUAAUGUAUCAUAACAAAGUUUCCUCAGAGAGCGCUGGAGAUCCUUCUGAAUACGCUGAGACCGGUGAGGAAUCUGAUUCAGCCAGUGGACUCAUGAAGGGAACAUUUGCCUGCGAAUGGUGUGACUAUGAGACUGACCAGAAGGACAACUGGACUAAUCAUGUGGUGAAGGAACACAGUGACAAGGUCAAGAUAGUUUCCUGCAUUGCGGAGCUGGAAGGGGAGGCAAGUGCAAGCUCACCCAAACCAGAUUCUCCCUCUGCUUCACAAAACCCAACUAGAUCAAAGAUCAGUUUCAAUGAUGUUGGUGAAAAGGAAGAGUCAGUAGGAAAAAAAGCAGAAAACACUUUGGAGAAGUCAGUCCCAGAGAUCUCAUCCUUUCAAUAUGCACAGAUUAGUGCAGUAACACCCAACAGCACAGGUUCCUCCAUUUUGUCCAAGAGGUUUGCUUCAUCUGAUGUCUCCAACAAUGUCAUAGAGAGGGAUGCCAACUUAGCCAAUGAGGAAGACUCUAGGAGUAGCUUAGAGGAUGAUGAUGAUGAUGAUGAUGAAGAGUUGGGCGAUAUAGAUGAUCCCAGCUAUACUGGGACCCUGUCAGCAGAUGCAAAGCAGCUUUUAACUGAUGAGGAUAAUAAAUUACUGGAGACUAAAGGAAUACCAUUUAGAAAGUACAUGAACCGAUUUCAGUGUCCCUUCUGCUCUUUUCUCACCAUGCACAGGCGGAGCAUCUCCCGCCACAUUGAAAACAUUCACCUUUCUGGCAAAACCACAGUGUAUAAAUGCGAUGAAUGCCCGUUUAUUUGCACCAGCCCUCUUAAACUAGGCACGCACAAACAGAGCCACAAUUCCUCAGAUUUAGAUACCUUGGACCUAACAAAUGAUAGCCCUGAACCUCAGAAUGACAAUGCUGCAGAGCCAGUUAAUGGGGGUAAUGUAAGCUCCAAAGUCAAUGGAAAAAAGAAUACCGGCACAUCGAACGACCAGCAGAACCCUCAUCGCUGCACACUCUGCAGCUUCUCUACCACCACUCUGAAAGGUCUGAGGGUUCACCAGCAGCAUAAGCAUUCCUACUGUGAUGACCUAGAUCCCACUGUCUUUGAAAGCCAGCUGACUGACCAGCCGGACUCUGAAGUGGACACUUCUCCAAUCUUUCUACAAAAAACCCAGACCUCCAUUUUAGGACUUGCCACCAAAAAGCCCUUAGUAUCAGGGAAAAGAGCCAGGAAGUCCAUUAAUGACUUGCCUUUGGAUUUGUCCUCGGUUAAGAAGAGAACUAGAAUUGAUGAAAUUGCCAGUAACCUUCAAAGUAAGAUAAGCCAAAGCCAACAGGACAUGAUCAUAAACCUAGAUGACAUGGACGAUGAAGAUGCAGGAGAAAAUUACACCAGUGCUGAUAAAGAGGGUAGAAACCAUGACAAUAAAAACCCUGUCUUCACUUAUAACACACAACAGCUUCAUGCAAGAGAAUCAAUAAUCUCCAACGAGGGAGGCAGAAUAGGGAAAAGAAAAAGUAACCCUAAGUUAAAACCUAGAAACAUUCCUAUAUCACUGACUCUCUCAGAUGAUAGUGAAAACAUCUCUGCUGACCCCAGUGACAGUACUAUCCAAGAGAACGCUGAUUAUUCAGAGGAACCAGGUACUGCGCGUUUCUACUGUAAACACUGUGAUUACCACAACAAAUCAGCUCGUAGCGUCAGCACCCAUUACCAGAGGAUGCACCCUUACAUCAAGUUCAGCUUUAAGUACAUCCUGGACCCUGAGGACCAGAGUGCAGUCUUCCGCUGCUUGGAGUGCUACAUUGAAUACACAAAUUACAACGAUCUACACCAACACUACAUGGAUCACCACCCUGAAGCAAGCAAUGUGCUCAACUUCAACCAACCAAAUCUGGUAUACAUGUGCCGCUUUUGUUCGUACACAAGCCCCAAUGUCAGGAGCCUAAUGCCCCAUUACCAAAGAAUGCACCCUACAGUGAAAAUCAACAAUGCUAUGAUCUUCUCCAGCUAUGUAGUGGAGCAGUCCCACAAAACGGGCGAAUCGCAAACCCUGAGAGAAAUAUUAAACUCUGGCCCCAAGAAUUUUAACUCAGCAACAUCAACCCCCAGGUCCUCCUCCAGCCCAGUUCUGAAAACUGUCUCCAAGACCGCUGAAGCCAGUGCUGAGACAGACUCUCUUAAAGAAUCCACAGGUGGCAAUGUUGUUGUCUAUGACUGUGAUGUGUGUUCUUUUGCUAGCCCCAACAUGCACUCUGUUUUGGUCCACUAUCAGAAGAAACACCCAGAGCAAAAGGCGUCUUAUUUCCGUAUACAGAAAACCAUGAAGGUCAUCUCAGUGGAUCAUUCACAGUCUGUUGCAAACUCUUCAUAUAAUCUCAGCAUGGCUACGCCUCCAAAACAACCAAGCACAGCAGUGUAUGGAUCAGAUGAAGAUAUGUACUACUGUAAACAUUGUGUGUACAGCAACAGAUCUGUUGUUGGUGUGUUGGUCCAUUAUCAAAAGAGACAUCCAGAAGUAAAAGUGACAGCAAAAUAUAUCAAACAUGGUGCUCCCACCCCUGGUUUGAUGAAAUUAAUGGAUGAAUUGCAAAUUGCGGCUCCCAAACAAUUUUUGAAGCAGUUUCAAAAUAACGGUCACGAUGGCUCUAACAACUCAAGCCCUAAACCAGGAAGUGGUGAGAAAGGUGAGGAUGAGCUGUUCUUUUGUCAGCACUGUGAUUAUGGCAACCGCACUGUAAAAGGAGUGCUCAUUCAUUACCAGAAGAAGCACAGGGAAACCAAGGCCAAUGCUGACCUUGUACGUCGUCACACUGCCGUUGUCCGGAGUCAGCGUGAGCGUGCACAGAUGGUUCAGUCGAGCAGUGUCUCUUCUGCCAUGAUCCCAGCUCCUCCAGACCCUGAAAACGCUACGUCCCUGCGUUCCCUUAAGUGCAGACACUGUUCCUACACAUCCCCUUACGUAUAUGCCCUAAAGAAGCAUCUGAAGAAAGAGCACCCCACUGUGAAAGCCACAGCCAUGACCAUUUUACACUGGGCUUACCAAGAUGGCAUUCUGGAGGCUGGCUACCACUGUGAGUGGUGCAUUUACUCUCAUGCUGAACCCCAAGGCCUGCUGCUCCAUUACCAAAGACGCCAUCCUGAGCACAAUGUCGAUUACACAUACAUGGCCAGCAAGCUAUGGGCUGGUCCGGAGACUACCCAACAAGGGGGCAAUAUGGAAACUAAACAUUACAAAUGCAGAGACUGUGCCUUUGAGGCCUGUACAAUAUGGGACAUCACUAGUCACUAUCAGGCAGUCCACCCCUGGGCCAUUAAAGGGGAUGAAUCUGUGCUUUUGGAUAUCAUCAAAGGUAAUGGCUCAGCUGAAAAGAUCCACCAGCAGGUUGCCAAAGAACAUGUGUCUUUCACUUGCCAGUCUGUUGAAGAUGAUGGAGCACUGGUCAUUGCUACCCCACCUCAAGAAAACAAUCCCCAUCCUCCCCACCCACGUCUUUCCAUCUCUAACAAUCCUUAUCAGUGUACUGUAUGUCUGUCAGAGUACAACAGUCUCCAUGGCCUCCUUACUCACUAUGGAAAGAAGCACCCAGGCAUGAAAGUAAAAGCUGCAGAUUUUGCACAGGAGGCAGACAUCAACCCCAGUUCUGUGUAUAAAUGUCGUCACUGUCCGUAUGUAAACUCUCGAAUCCAUGGUGUUCUAACUCACUAUCAGAAAAGACACCCGUUAGUGAAAGUCACUGCAGAAGACUUUGCAGAUGAUAUAGAGCAAAUCACUGACAUAAAUGAAGGAGAUGACAAGUGCAAAACUCAAAGACAGGGCUACGGCGCAUACAGAUGCAAAAUGUGCCCGUACACGCAUGGGACAUUGGAGAAACUUAAAAUCCAUUAUGAGAAAUAUCAUAAUCAGUCGGCCUCUGUUAUGUUCACUCCCUCUAUGACAAAUUUCUCUCCCAGUAAAGAAACAGAGCCAGUAGCUGAAUGCAGUGCUGGUAAUAUAUCAAGUGCAGGAAAAGUCCAGGAGGUCAGUGAAUUGGACCUUGCCCUUUCCCAGUUACCCAUCAAUAAGACAGAGAAACAUGCUGUAUUCAAGUGUCAGCUCUGCAAAUACUUCUGCUCCACCAGGAAAGGCAUCGCUCGCCACUACCGUAUCAAGCACAACAAUGUCCGUGCUCAGCCAGAGGGUAAAAACAAUGUUUUCAAAUGCGCUCUGUGUUCAUACACAAACCCUAUACGCAAAGGCCUGGCAGCACACUACCAGAAGCGGCAUGAUAUUGAUGCCUAUUAUACCCAUUGUCUGGCUGCUUCCAAGACUAUGAGCGAAAAGCCUAACAAAGUAAUAGCACCCCCGCCAUCAGAAGCGGACAAUUCAGAAAUGAGUGAAGACUUGCGUUUGGCUGUGGAAAGACGAAGGUGUUCUCUUUGCGCCUUCCAGGCCUUCAGCAGGAAGAGCAUUGUCUCACACUACAUUAAACGCCACCCAGGUGUCUUCCCCAAGAAGCAGCAUGCUAGCAAGCUUGGUCGCUACUUUACUGUUAUCUAUGCCAAAGAACCCGAGAAGAUUGCUGUCAGUGCAAUGGCAGAGGAAGACAAGGAAGUGCUGGAGGCUCCGCUUGAACCCGAGCAGGACAGAGAGGUUGAAUGGCUGCCAUUCAAGUGUCUAAAAUGCUUCCGGUUGUCCUUCAGCACCGGCGAGCUGCUUUCUAUGCACUACAACGACCACCACAGCAAUGACUUGAAGAGGGACUUUGUGGUAUCACCCAGUCCUGGGGAUGAGGACUCUGAGUUGUACCAGUGUUCUCACUGUGAGUUGAAGUUCCUCCCAAGUUCGCUCCCAAUUCUGGCCAAACAUCUAUUGAACCAUAAUGAGGAGUUUCAGAAGAGGGCCAUGAGGCAGGAGAGGAGGAGGCAGCUUCUCAGCAAACAGAAAGCCGCAGAACUACCUGAGACCAAACCCGAGAAGGAAAGCCCUGUAAAUAAAGCUCCCAUAGGAUUCAGGUGUAACUUCUGCAUAGAGGUGCACCCGACCCUCCGAGCCAUCUGCAACCACCUUAGGAAGCACGUCCAGUAUGGAGAGGUCAAAGAGGGACAUGUUAAGCAGGAAGUCAGCGAGGUCCCCCUGACCCUGCCUUCAGAGAGCCUAACUAAUGGUGACCUGGAGGGGGAUGAAGCAGCUGAAGCAGAUGGCCUCGAGAGACCUGCGGCUACAAUGAUGGGUUCACCCUUGGUUUCCACAGCCUCUGGUGGUGUUGCUGUUGCCGCAGAGACACUGGAACCAGAAAUGGAUGCUGAUGAAGGAAAGGCAGCGGCCCUCAUGCCUGUAGCUGUGGUGUCAGAGGACCAACUGAAGCAGCGAUUAACAGCAGGGGGUCACCCAUGUGCCCAGUGCGAUCGAGUCUUCAUGUCCAUGCAGGGACUGAGGUCCCAUGAGAGGAGCCACUCAGCCAUGGCACUGUUCAGCAGAGAAGACAAAUACAGCUGCCAGUACUGCCAGUUCGUCUCACCCUUCAGACACAAUCUGGACCGACAUGUGCAGUCUCACCAUGGGCACCACAAGCCCUUCAAGUGCAAACUCUGCCCCUUUAAAUCUGCCUACGUGAGUCGCUUGAAGAGCCACCUGCAUAAGGCACACACAGGUGAGCAGCACACAUACAAGUGCUUGUCGUGUCCCUUCUCCUCUAUGACCAUCAGCCAGCUGAAGGAGCACUCUCUGAGAGACCAUGGUGAGGCCCUGACCCUCCCCAAACUCCGGGCUGCUACCCAGGCUGCUCAUGCCGCCCUCAGGCCCUCCCGGCUGGCCAGUAACACAGAGCAGACUCCCUUGGACCCGGAUGAUCCAUCAUACCUGGAGCCAGCGGAUGUUCGUCAGCAGCUUAGUCAUUACCAGCUGGCUUCCCGCAGUCACAUGUCUUCCGGCUCAACACCUGGUGGCUCAACAGUGGCUGACAAUCGACCAGACGGUGUCCUCACUUGUGAGUUCUGUGAGUUCAGCUCUGGAUACAUGCAGAGCCUGCGUCGGCACUACAGGGACCGCCACGGUGGCAAGAAGCUCUUCAAGUGCAAAGACUGUUCCUUUUUCACCUGCUACAAAAAUACCUUCACCAUGCAUGUGGAGGCCGGUCACAACAACAACGCACCUGACGACUUCCCUAAAGACCUGCGCUGCCCUCUCUGCCUCUACCACACCAAACACAAGAGCAAUAUGAUUGACCACAUUGUCCUGCACAGAGAGGAGCGUGUGGGUCCACUGGAGGUCAGCCGCUCCAAGCUGUCGCGCCACCUUCAGGGCCUGGUGUUCCGUUGCCACAAAUGCACCUUCACAUGCUCCAGUGACCAGGCCUUGCAGCUGCACCUACACAAGCAUGCUGAGAUCAAACCCUACCAGUGCCAGCUCUGUUAUUAUGACAGCAGUCGACGGAGCCAGCUAGAGGAGCAUCUACGUCUUGAGCACAAGGUUAUCCGUAACUUCGAGCUGAUGGGCCGGGUCAACCUGGACCAGCUGGAGAUGAUAAAGGAACAAGGGAGCAGCGCAGAGGAGGAAGAAGAAAGGGAAAUUAAAGAGAUGGUUGCAGAUGGGAAAGUAGCUGCUGCAGAGGAGGAGGACAACGAAGGACCAGAAAUUAUGGAGAACAUAGUGGAGGAACAGAGAGAGAUGGAUGAUGAGGAGAUAGAGGACAACAUCAAAGAGGAGGAGGAAGAGGAUGAGGAAGAGGAGGAGGAGGAAGAGGAGGAGGAGGAGGUGGAGGAAGAAGAUGAAGAAGAAGUCAAGGAGGUGGAGGAAGAGAGGCCUGCCCUACAAGAAGUCCUUGCAUCUCCCACCAGCAGCACCAGCAGCAGCUCUGGGCCGAGCGGUGUAGAGAAGCGUCUCCCCUGUGAGUUCUGUGGGCGCUGCUUCACCAACAGCCUCGAGUGGGAACGACAUGUCCUUCGACAUGGCAUGAUGGUUAACAACAGCCGAAUGGACACCAGCACCACCUCCGUAAUAGAGGCCUCAGCGUCAUCUUCCACUGGCUCCUCAGUCCUGAUGGACACAGGAUUGGACCUUUCCAGCAACAGAAAAGAGGAAGGGAACCCCGCUGAGCUAUCACUGAGAAGUCAAAGCCAGUAUGUGGAAGACAAAGAAAUGCUUGACACCAAAAAGGAUCAACAGUUUGGUUGAACUGAUUGUGGCCUCUUGGGAUAUUGUGCUAGAAACUGAUAACAUUGGGUAGGAUUAGCACUGAGUUGGAUCUUAAAAUAGGACUACAAAGGAAACAAUAAGAUUGAAACUGAAAAAGAGUGACUUCUUAUGAGUUGGCACAUUACUAGAUUUUAGGUUUUACAUAUUUAAGUAUUAGGUUGUGCUGCAUAAAACGGCUGAGCUCUUUAAAUGGGCAGUCCCCUAGGACAGAUAUUAAUAUAUUGGUAACCAAUAGUGAACAGAACUCUUUAUUGCUGACAUUCUGGUCAAAUCUACAGUGAAAGAGCCCACCUAGAUAAAACUAAGCUAUUUAUAAAGAAUGUUGUCCAAAAUGAUUAACUAAAUUUAGCAUGUUAUUAUUUGAAGCACCUUUUACACUCCCCCCUGCUCAUCCAAAACAGGGUUACUGUAAAUGUACCUAAAAGGAACAAACAAGAUAUGAAAGCAUUUACAACUGUGGCCCACUGUAGAGCUACCUUUUCUUUUUUCUUGUUGAAAUUUGAGACUUUUUUCAUCUUAUCCUUGUGUUAAAUGUGUAGAAGUAUUCCUUGAGGAAGAGUCGCACCUUAUAUAUUUUAGUAAAAUCACAAAUCAUGUUUUUUUCAUUUGUAGAAAUACUGACAAUGUCCCCCAAUGUUUGUAGCAAAUUGCUAUAUUUUAGGUCCCUUAAUAUUAUACUGCGUAUAAGCCUUCAGCCUGUGGCACCCUUCGAAUUUUGACUGUACUAUUUUGUUAUCCAGUAAUUUCACUGAUGAAGUCAUGGAAAUAAUGGGUUUAGUUUAAAUCUCCCUUCCCCUGUAAAAUAUUGUGUUGUUUGUAGUCCAGGUUAAACAAUAUCACAGUUAACCUCUGCACUCAGCAGAUCAAUAUAACAACAUGUUUAAUGUGUCAUGACUGAAUCCAUAUGAUAUCGGUAUCCGUUGAGCAUAGGAACCAGGAACCAACCAGGAACACAACUACAGGUUUUAACAACAGUGGCGUAAUAUUUGCAAUCAUAAUCAAUAGACAGAGAUUACACUUGUCUUAUCAGUGCAAAAUUUGUAAUUUGAUCUGCCAGAAUCCAGCUCUGUCCACAUACUGUAUGUGCAUCCACAAAUGAUUAUUAAAUGCAAAGUUUGGAGGAGGCGUGCUUUAAAUGAUAUAUCCGUAUGUGCGACCCAGAUUGCCUCUGGGUGUGAUCUGGCUGGCUGAAUUACACUGUGCACAAACCCAGUGUUGACCACCACGGCUGAGUGUUGAAGCCAGAGCGCAAGUGCCUUAAAAUGCAGUUCCUCUAAUGGCCACUAAAUGGCUUUAAUUGCUUUUAAAAAAAUCCCAAGUAAAAUCACCCAACUUCUCUUUCAAAAUAUAAAGUCAAGUUUUUUUCCACCAGAAUUUAUGGCCUCAACAGCUAGGUUCACGUCUUCUGAUGCGUGCCUUAAUGGCAAUUUUGAAAGUCAUUGUUUAAUUAAGAUCAGAUUAGAUUAAAGUAGAUUCAAUUUUAUUGUAAUUGCACAAGUAAGUACAAGUACAAAGAAAUGUAGUUUAGCAUCUAAACAGGAAAUGCUAACAGUAGCAAAGAGGAUGUUGAGGCUUAAAGUGUCGGUUCAACCAGAUUACAAAUAUAUAUACUGUACUGUAGAUAGAUGGAUUGAAUAGAUAGAUAGAUAGAUAGAUAGAUAGAUAGAUAGAUAGAUAGAUAGAUUGAUUCUUAUCCACCUCUAGUGGUAUUUAGCCAUGCACAUAGCUUUGGUUUAUUUGCCAAGGUUUGGAGAUAUCUGUUUCGGGGAUUUCUGCUGAUCCAAUGGAAGUGAAUGGAAUUUUAUUUGUUAUACUCACAGCAUUGAAAAAUGUUCUACCAAAUAAAUAGUCCCUAUGAAAACUGACAGUGUGUUCAGUGUGUUGUACUCUAUUAUCUGGAGUGAAGGGCAAUGCUGUUUAUGGAAAGAAAUGCUGCUAUUGUUUUUUUUUUUAAUGCUGUGAGUGCCACAAAUGAAAUUCCAUGCUAAAAUGGGUAUGUUUGGAGCCAUGUUUGCUUGAUUGACAGAUGUCUCUGCCUUUCACAGUCAGCCCUGGUGAUUACCUCAACUCCAUCCAGGUUCCUCAACAUCACCCAAAUUCGUAUUUUUAGGUUCCAAAUGACUGACAGGCUGGCAUCAAGGAUUAAACUCAAAUCGAGCACUUCAAAACGUCCCGUCAGAAACUUAUGGCUAAUGCCACAGACACUGCAGACAUGUUUUUCUACAGUCUAUUGUCCGGUUUUGACAUGAUAGGAUGCACUGAAAAGACAAGUAUAACCAGGUCAGAAAGCCCUAAAACCUUUUGUUUCCACGUAUAGAGAGUGUAUUUGCCACUGGCACUGUAUGUUGAAGGUGUCAAAUCCCCCAACUUUAACCCCUUUAAAUUCUCAUCCUGUAUUAACACUGUCAUAGCCUGCAUUGUGUGCUUCUUUUUAGAAAAAGUUGUCACGUUAUUGUUGAUACUGACAAAAGGCAGAGAUUGUAUUUGUUGGAAGUUGCUGCUUGAAUGCCCUAAAGCCUUAUAAGAUAAUGAAUAGCAAUUGGGUCAAAUUUAUGUCCAAUUCCAAUAAGACCAAUAAGCAACGUUAAACAGCCUGGAAUAAAAUGGCUGAUAACAUUGAUACAUUGUCAAAUUUGCAGAGGAGCACAAUUAAUGCAGUUGUGUUCUUGGUACCAAAAUAUUUACCAAGCCUGCUGUGUUUGCUGCUGUGAUUGUCCUUCCUGAGCAUUGAACCAUUGAUGGAAAUGGGAAUCUGGGUUCUAUGGAUGUAACCCAGGUAAACUACAUGUUUGCAGCCAUGUAUAGAAAACAAAACUACUCGUUUAAGUGUUUGAACUGUGGUGUUUCAGAAAGGAUACUUCAACCCUUUUUUCCUUUAGGUGUUCUCAUUUAAAAAAAAAAGAGAAAAAAAAAGAAAUCUAAAGAUGAUAGCUUACCCUUAGGGGCUUUUUGAGUCCCCACUCCAACAUUAUUACACUGUUGUACAAUGUCUGGUUACAAUGAAAAAUAUCUCCUUUUUUGUACUGUAAUGAGAAUGAGCAGAUAGGAAGAGCAGUGUGGUUGUACAAUAUUAAAGCACGAGAAGGAAAAUGAUGCAGCUCUCUGCUAAUUAAUGGCCAGGGCUUUUAUUGUGAAGGAGAAAAACAUGGCAAAGUAAGAGACAAGAAAAAAAUUGUUCCUUUGGGGGCAUUUACCUAAACUGCUUGGUCCUUUUCUGGGAUUGGCCACCAUCUGGGUUCCCAGUCAACCUAUAGAUCCCUCUGUGAUCUAGCUCACUCUUGUCCGCUCCAACAUCUGACACUCCAGUAUCUUCUAUCCAUGACCAGUAAGGGCAUCAGCUCACUUGUUCCAAGUAUGCCUGCCCGUAGUCUACCCAAUCAACAAUAGGUGGGAAUGUAGCAGCCCCACUAUGCUUCUCAGUCCUUGCAAUACCUUAAAAACCGGUUGGGAUGGUGCUGAAUAUCAAAGCCCUUUUUUCUGUUUUUCAGGACCAGCUUGUAGCUUUUUGAAAGUGAAACUGUUUGAAAACUGUUGUUGUAGACAUAAGCUUUGUAAGGCAGCUUGUUGCCCAGCUUGAAAGCCCAGUAAAGCAGAUGAUAAAUUGGGACAAUCUGGGUAAUGAAGCUGUCAACCCCAAAUUGUUUGUUGUUCUGUGAUAAUUUUAAUAGAAAAUGACUAUGAAUCCCUCACUGUGUGCAGUCUCUAGACUGUAAUAUUCCCAGUUUACCCAAAGUUACGCCCCUGCUGACAACACACUGGAUACUUGUAUAUAUGUUUAGUUUGUUUCCGAUGCAUUUCUCUUUUCAGACUGUUGUCUCCAUAGUUUGACACUAGAAUCUCUCCUUCUUGCCUUUCUUCCCAUAUAAAUCUGAUUACCUGAUGGUGGGUUGUGAUGUUGCCUAGAAUGAUUGUUUACAAUUUUAUUCCAUUUAUCUCUGGAUAUUCUGUAAAUAUUGUAAUUCAUUGUCUUUUUUAACUUGAUAAUAAAGUUAUCAGAUAACGGUUAA